GACGUAGGCGGGCCUCAGCAGUUUUUGCUGGGGACAGGUCGCCUGAUUGGGCUCCUCCUCCGACCAGCCUUUACAACUUUAUCUUGUGACCGGGCUGCCGCUCCUUCCUUCCUAGAACUUGGAUCCUCGCCGUGCACCAUGCCUUUCCCGGCGGCUGCUGCCUUCCUACUCCUGGUGUGCAUCGCCUCCGGCCAGGCCGAGCGGGUGAAGUACAAGGACUGCGGUUCUAAGGUUGGAAUUAUAAAGGAAGUGAAUGUGAGCCCAUGUCCCACACAGCCAUGUGAACUGAACAAAGGGCAGACCUACGGUGUCAAUGUGACCUUUACCAGCAAUACUCAAUCUAUGAAUAGCACAGCCCUCGUGCAUGGCAUCUUGUUCAGUGUUGCUGUCCCCUUCCGCAUUCCUGAGCCCGAUGGUUGUAAGAGUGGAAUCAGCUGCCCAAUCCAGAAAGACAAGACCUAUAGCUACCUGAAUAAAUUGCCAGUGAAGAGUGAAUAUCCUGACAUAAAACUGGUGGUGAAAUGGGAACUUAUAGAUGACAAAAAACAAAAUCUCUUCUGCUGGGAAAUCCCAGUAGCAAUCAAAGGCUAGACGUGUUUGAUGCCAGUAUGUCUACACAGGGCUAUGGCCCUUACAUCUACAGGUUCCUCAGCUCCAAGUGCCUCACAGAAUCCAAUGCAUCCAGCCAACAGGUCUGCUGGCUCCUGACAGCACCUUCAGCCCGUGGCUUCAACAGUAGUGACUUGUUUUCCACAUAUCCGGAGAUCACUGGAGAAAUGUUCUAUAGUAGAAAUUUAGCUCCAAUAGCUGACUCUUCUGUGGCUGUCUCAAUGUUUCUUGUUCCAUCUUAAUUGGUUUUCAUUAAAGAUAAUGCUUGAUUAGAAGAUAAUUGAUUUUUUAACAAUAUUAACUGUGUCUUUUUGCUGUACCUGAUCUUUAAAUAAAGAAAAAACAAAGUCUUCUGCA